UCUAUGACAAUGCUGCCAAAAACAUUUUAAGAUAUACAUAUUUACUUUGUGCAGGAAACAGCGGUAUCUCCGCUUUAGGGAUGGGCAGGCUAAACUAUCCAUACCAUACAAAAGUAGUAUUCAAUAUGCAUUAGACAACACUGGACUUGAAAGUUUUCUCUUGACGUUAACUAGACCAAAAGUUAUUUUUCAGUUGAGCAAAAAGAACAGAGGUAGUAGAUUUAUUAUAUUUCGUGGUUUAUUGAUGUAUUGUUGUGGAAUUUAUAUUACGGUCCUUCUUAUUAUCUGUUGUUAGCUGAUGUUUACUAAAUAACUUUUCCUCAAGAGUCGCGUAAUAUGCGUUUUAAUAUCGAAAGCCCGUCAGUUCAAUAUAAAACAAAGCAAAAAUUUAAAUGAUUAUAAUACUAAUAUAUAAAAAGGUGUUUUAUUUGUUUGCAAAGUGCAGUGUGUAAAUAGUUAGAAAAAUUCAAGUAUAUAUAUGCACACAAAUAUAUAACGGUCCUAACUACUUGUCGAUGAAUUGCUAUGGUUGUUGCGGAUUCAUUGUAAAAAGUGUCAGUGACAGUGGCAGUUGCAUAAAUAAGUUUGGUUGGUUGCGACGAGUACGUAAAAGUGUAGUGCUGUGAUUUUGUACUCCCAAAUAUACACAUAUUAUGUCCUCUUAAUCACCGGGAUUUGGAGCUUAUAUUCUGGGCAGAAUAAUAUCAAAAUUAUAUAGGAAAAUCUACCGUGUGAAAUUAACUGAUUUUAAAAAAUUUAUAAAUUUUUUUAAAGAACUGUGUCGCCUUUUCCAAUACUUAAGGAAAAAACAAAACAAGGCAACAAAAUUCAAUUCGUUUUUGUUUACAACUCUUCAUUACAUUCCGAAAUUACGGAUCCCCAAGGGACGUCUGUCUCUAAUCCACCAUCGGAUACAGAGCGGUUUGCGUCAUCUGACAGUGAAGCUGAAUUUCCAACAGCUACAACCAAGGGGAUCAAAACGACAACUGCGGAACCAUACAUAUUACAACAAAUUCUCAGGGAAAAGCAACAACAAAACAACAUAAUUCAUUCUCAACUUAGUACCUCUAAGCAGUCACAUUCAUUACAAAUUGCGGAUAUGGCAGCUGUGGUUCGCAAGAAACAGGAUGACAAGUAUCUGCAGGUAUUAAGAGAAUUGGUGAUCAACGGUGGUGGCAAUAGGCAAUGUUUUGAUUGUGGCCAGAAGGGUCCCACGUACGUUAACAUGACAAUUGGAUCGUUUGUUUGUACCAGAUGUUCAGGAGUGCUUCGCGGUCUCACCCCACCACAUCGAGUAAAAUCCAUUUCUAUGGCUACAUUCACACAAGACGAUGUCGAUUUUCUAAAAAGUCAUGGAAACGAUGAAUGCGCUAAAACUUGGCUGGGUCUUUGGGAUCCCAAGCGAGUCGUACAUCAAGAUCAGCGGGAAUUGAUGAUUGACAAAUAUGAACGAAAACGUUAUUACUUGGAGCCAGCUAGUCCACUUAAAUCUUUGACGAAUGCCGUUUCACUUAAAAGCAGUUCGGUGACGGCACCGGCGGCAGGGGCAGCAGUGGAAGUGGCGACAACAUCUGGAGUAAGGGCGACUACAGCAACAGGUAGCUCCUCAGCAGCAACAACAUCAAACGGCAGCAACACUUACAAGAGCAAAGGUGAUGGACAAAUAGAUUUUGUGCAUGUGACCAACGGAUUUGGUCAUAAUGCGCACAAUACUAAAAAUCAAUACAAAAAUGGAGAGCGAAGCUUCCAACUGACGCCACCCAAUUCACAGCGUACCACCAUGAAUGGUUUACAUAAAUCCGUCACUACGACAACAGUGUCCGCACCAAAUAGCUCGGCCAGGUCAACGUCCGCCAUAAGUCGGCCACAACAACAUCAACAGAACGGCUAUAGCCAUUUGCAAGAUGCGUUUAUGCCGAAAAACAAUAAUAUAAAUAACAAUGGCGGCAGCAAUCAUAAUGGGCUCAAUGUCUUGCAUAUGACAUCCAGCCGAAUAUCGGACAGUAGCAGCUCGACAAGUGUGAACGGUUUCGGAGCGGACGCAGACUUUGUUGCCGAUUUUGGUUCGGCGAAUAUUUUCGAUGCUUCAACGACAUUGGCUCGUAACAAAAUAAGUUCGCAUCCGAUAUCGAAUGGAGGUGCCAAUGCGAUAUCGAGUAACGGCUAUGCUAGAAUACAACCAUUGAAAAAGCAGCAACAACAAUAUCAUCUAUUAAAUGGCCAUGGUCAGACGAAUGACAAUAGCUCUCACAGCGAUACGAUCGACAAUGGCACAUCCGAGAAUUUUGCCGAUUUCGAACAUGCGCCCAUUUUUAAUGCGGCUGCCGAUUAUAGUUUUAUUAGAAAAACUGUGAUAAAACGUUGCACCGGUGGCCAGCAAAAAGACAGCAAAGACAGUAAACAAAAUUCUGUGUCAAGUGCGAAAAGUUCGGAAGUUCCCACCGAUAUUGGAUCCACACCACAGUCUGGAUCAGCAGCUGAGUAUGUGUUAGAUAAAAAUUUGUAUGCCGAUAUCAGACAAGCCACAACACAUUCUGACACAGCGGAGAAUGACACCAAUGGCUACCGUAAAUCGAGCACAGCAGUUGAGAAAAAUGGCGGUGAUACUCCCAUUGAACCAGCUAAAAUCGUGAAUAGUGUCGAGAAGCCACCAGUACAAGCGCUUGGUUCAACAAUGCAAAAUGCCGUCACUGAAUUGGCAUCCCAAUUGAGAAACUCUCAAUCCUAUCCACCGGACCAAUGCCCCGUACAACAAGCUGACUACUGUGGCUAUUGUCCACCGGUCAAUUGUGUGCCUCCAAUACCUAAUGUGUGUAAUCAAGCUCUCAGUCAACAGCCUAAUCCGGAUCAGAGCAAUUUCUGCGCUGGCAAUGUGCCGCAAAUAGAUUGGUGUCAGUUUGCAAAUAAUACACCCUUUUGGCCACCAAAUAACCUAAAUAUGAUGGGCAGUAGAGCUACGGUAUCAGAUGUUGCGGGCGCUCCAAAAUCUCUAAAUGCCGAGCCACAACAGUGCUCGCCCAUACUUUGCGCACAACCACAGUUUUAUGGCCCGACAGGCUACGCCACGCCCUGCUCCCCAGGUAUCUGUACGCCACCCAUGAAUGGGCAACCUUCCCAAGUGGACGCAACUAUUGCUGGCCUCAGUUAUGCCGCCUUACCGCAACAGACCAUUAUAAAUACAGCGCAGAAACGACCACAAAAUGGAUGUGAAACCAAUGCUGAAGCCUGUCUGGAACCAACACCAUCGUACAGUCUACCCAUACCGAAUAACAACUCUCGAACGAUGAAUAAUCAGCAUAAUAAUAGCCACAACAACAAUAAUACACUAAGCUCAACACCCAGCGAAGAUAGAUAUGCGGCACUCAAAGAUCUGGACGAGCAAUUGCGGGAAAGCAAAGCAGCGGCCACAGUUGUGAAUGCCUACAGUGUGGACGCAUUUGGAGCCAAUGACUUUAGUAAUGGCGUUAAUCCCUUCAAGCAUCAGCAGGCAAAUCCGUUCCAGGCCGUCACUCACGGAACAUCGCCAACAGCAACACAAAAUUAUUUUGGUCAAAUGACAGUGAUAUCGAAUGGCAAUGGCAUACCGUCACAUGCACCAGCCGCAGCACAUUUCUACAAUUAUAGUAACGGCUUUAGUAAUGCAGCAACUUCAGCCGGCACAACGUCUGCUAUGUUUCCGCUCACUGUAAUGGGGGCUGGGCCAAGCGGUUGUGGGUUCGGUCUAGGAGCAUUACAGCCAACGGCGAUUGCGGCCACUGGCGCCGGCGGCGGCGCAGCAUUCAACAACCCAUUUGCAGCAAGCGGUGCAAUGAGCACCAAUAAUCCCUUCUUAUGAGAUAUUUGCGGUAAUCGGUAUGAGUCGGAGCCCAAGCGUAACUACAAAGCGCAUCCUUAUUAACUUUAUAUAUAACUACUGACAUGGAAUUAUGUGUAUUGUCCUGCAAAUACAAAUACAUGAAUUCCAGGAAGAAUAUUAGUUUAAUACUGAGGCGAAAGUUGAUCAUGUUCAUUAAACCAAAUUAAUUGUUUCCAAAUAUAUUUAAAUUGAGACCGUGCGUAAGAAAUUUAUAUAUAUGUAUAUAUAAUUGAUGUAUAUAUACAUAUAUGUAUAUAUGAAAAGAAAUUAAUAACGAUACUUUUUAUGACAACCAACCAAAAAGAUCUAGAAAUGAUUUGCCUGAAUUGCUCUCGAUUUAACUUGCUCAGCAGGAGUUUAAGAAACUCUAACAAUGGAAUACAUUUUAAAUAUAGAAACUAUUAAAAUAUAUAUAAAUACUGCGUAAAAUAUUCCAUUUGAGGCGAAGUAAAAUAUUUAGUAGGCGCAAAUCUCUUUUACAUACAUUUACAUCUAAUAAUAUGUAUGAAUAAUCUGAUAACUUAAUAUACAUAAAUUCGUCUAUAUAACUUCAAAAUCAAAAAACACUUAUACAUACCUAAAAAAGAGAAAGUUUUAGUAUUUGAUUCCCUUUAAUUUUAUCGUACACGAGAAAAAUCCUUUGCCGGCCAAUGAAAUGAACAAAUUCAUAGAAAUAUGUUACAUACAACAAAAAUGCUCUAGUAGCUGUAUAGAACAAAAUGAAACGGAAAUGCUUUAAAAUGAAACUAACUAAAAACUAAGCAUAUUUAGGUUUAACAACGACCUAAUAAAAUGUAAAUUUCAACUAUAAAAAGUAAAAUGUAAAUCAAAAAUGUUAAAUAUUAAAUAGAAACGUUGCAAAAUUAAAUGAAAUAUUUUGAUUAUUGUAAAAAAAAUAAUAAUUAGAUAGCCACAAUAUGUAGAAAAUUUUGCAAAAAUCUCAUAUGAAGAAAGGCGGUUUCAUAAAUGUAAAAUAAAAAAGUUUAAACCCACAAACAAUACAUACGACUAUAUCGCUUAACGAAACAGUUAAUUUAAUAAAUAAGCUUUGUCAGUUGUGGCAUUGUAUAGUUACCAAAUGUUAAUACAUUUUUUUUUUGAAGGCUAACAAUAUUUAUUUGCUGUUGCCUAGUGGAAAAUUAGUUUUUAAAUUUGUAAAUGCUUCAAACGAUUUUUAAACUACCAUAAAAUUUCUUAAUUAAUAUUUAUUUUCAAGAAAAUUAGAUACAAACUAUUGUGUGUGAGUGUGUAUGAUUAUUUACCAAAUUAGCUAAGACUCGAAACUCCAUUUUAUCCUCCUUUUUUUGCAUCUAUGUAUAUUUUAAAAUAAAAAUACAAUAAAAAAAAUGUUAUUAUCUUUUGUAAAAUAAAUACAUAUGUAUAUGUAUGUUGAUGCGUAUGUCUUUUUUAAUUUUUUUAUUUUUAUUUUAGCUUGUUGAAGAAGUCAAUAUUAUUACCAUGCCUUUUCAUUUGUUAGCACUAAAUUUAAAUUUUCCAUUCUUAACGAAAUAUACACACACACAUUAUAUUGAACAUGUGGAAAUUUCAAUUGGUUUUGUUUUAUUUGAAUUUCAAGUAGUUAGUUAUCUCGUUGAAUGCUAUAAUAAAUAAAACUGCGUAACUUCUGAAAAAUAUUCAAAACUUAUACUUGAAAAUCUAGCAGCAUGUUCUUCAUUUCGAUUCGAUAAAAGUUUCUACUUCUAACAAUAUUCGAUCAGAAAAAUGAAAACAUUCUCGAACCUUUUUGGUAUAGACAAAAAAACAUUUUAGACUCUGCCAAAAUAAAACUCUGUCAUUUUUCUCUGAGUCCAACGCACUUUACUUCAAAAAUAAGAAUACCAACUGUGGUAUAACAAUGUGAAUAGAUAAAUGCUAAGUAAUUUCAAGCAACUAUAGUUAAAAUCUUUAGAAAACUCAACCACAAAAAAUAAAACUUAUGCUGAGAGUUUACCACUUCGACAGAGCUGAAAAGUUGAAGGUGAUUGUAACUUUUUCUAAUAAAUUGUAUUUGAGUAUCGUUGCCACUCUCUUACAAAAAAUUUUAUCUAUGUAUAGUAUUGUUCUAACAUUAAUUCCACCUUAUUAAUGUUUAAUCAAUAUCCUUGAAUGGAUCUCAGCGAUGUUUACUUUGUAAAUAUCUGUAAAUAUUUGAAAGUGUCAGUUAUACAUGAAAUAUCUGAUAACUGUAACUUAUCUAUAUGGAGGCUACUCUAAAAGAGUGCGUUGCUAUGACUAUCACUCAAUGGGUCGUGGCUUCAAUUGGCGGUCGUGACCAUAAAAUAAAAACUUAUUUUUAAUAACGAUCGCUAUACAAAAUAAUAUUUUUAUAAAAACAUUCAAGAGUUCGCAUGUCACUUAAAAUUUGAAGUAACACUCUUUUGAUCAACACCAUCAGGCAUACUCAAUAGCAGUAGAUGUUGCGCCAAAUAAUUCUUUACUUCAAUUCCUUUCUAUCAGUUCCUAAAGUAUGAUUUAUUUUAGGCUUUUUUCCAAGAUUGAUGGAGAAGCAUGUAACAAAAAAGAAUGAUGGAAAUUAUACCUAAAAUAAAAACAAUUCCGUACAAAAGUUUGCAGAAUAGUUUCCAAACAGAUAUACAUAGUUCUUCACAGAAAACUUAGGCAACAUCAAACGUACUAUUAUAAAAUACUUAAUAGAAACCAAAAUAAAACUAGUUCCACAAAAUAUAUUUUGUAGUGAUCAACAUUUAGCUUUUCAAGGACGAACACACCAAACCUGACUAUUAUCCAUUAUUUGUUAAUAUGAUAAAUUAUUACAAUACUACAAAAAAAUUCAUGAAGCUAUUUAAAAUUAAAAAAAAACAUUUUAACAUUAUUUUCCUGUUAAAGUUUAUUUUUGAACUCAAUAAAAAUGCAACCUAUUCUCUAUUAUUAAAAAGCUUAAUUUUACGAGAAAAUAAAAUCAUUUUUAUUAAAAAUAUUAAUAUUUAUAUUCAUAUGUAUAAUAAUUUAUGGUGUAUAUAGUGAUCGAUAGAAUUGACUCCAAAUGUAACAAAUAAAGGAAAUUAAUUUGAUUUAAGAGUUUAUCCAAAGUAACAAAAAGUGUUUUUAACAUUUAAUAUUUAUAAAAGUAUAAUUUUUUUUACUUAUGCAAGGAUCAAUUGCUUUGUGGCCUUAAUUAGUUAAGUAAACGAAUAAAAAAAUACUAUUCGUAUAAACUUUAUACUAUAAAGUUUACAACGACUAUUUGUCUGAGAUAUUUUUGUAUUCGAAUUCGUUUAAAAACUCUGUUGCAAUAACUAAAAAGCUAAUGUAUGAAAUAUUUCCUUUAAAUUUAUCAUUGUGGUUUAUGUGUUUAAAUUCAUAUUGUGGACAAUGCAUACAUUUAUUCAUUACAACACUACGCAUUUAUACAUCUCUCACAAUUGAGGCAGUGUAUCGAUUAAUAUCAGUUAUCAAAAGUUUAAAUCAUAACGAAGUUAUAUGUAUGCAAAUAAAUAAAUAAAUACAAAUAAUUACAUAAAUUA